AUGGACAUCAGCAGAGAAUCUGAAUCGCGCGGAUCGUGGAGCUUGACUGUGACUCCGAACCCUUCCACAGACAAGAAUCAAGCAGAUUUGCCAUUAAGCUAUGGUGGACCGUUAACUUUGAUCCUGUUUGGCGGCGAAGCGUUACAAGCGACUGCUUAUUUUUGUCGCGAUGAAAAGAUGCUUGCUUCCGAUGCUUCUUUUGAACAUUGGAAGACCACUGAAUGUAAGUGUAUUUCAAAGUCACCUCAAAAAAUUGCUAUUUGUGCAACCGACUCGCAAGAAAUGUUCCCAUUUUUCAAGGAAGAAUUGGCGAACGAUUUGAAGUGGGUGCUACUGCCCUAUAAUACGAUGGUCUUCGGUCUCGGAAAAACAGACACGGAUGUUGAAAAUGCAUUCAAUGUGACAGACAUGGAAGUAGGCAUCGGGCUCACCGUCAUUGGUUUCCCCUAG